CUCUCAUGCAUUCGUGCUUUCAAGCUACAUACGGUGACGUUUUAGCCUUUUUCCUUGUUGGGUCUCUCUUUUUUGCUCUCUUUGGAGGGUUUUUGGGCGGGGAACAGUGCAGAUUUGACCUCCCGGGGUUUUUUGAGCUGUACUCAUGUCAAAGCUCUUUUCUUUCAGUGGAAGUGAUGAUUUUUGCCCUGGGGGGUCAAUGUACCCAAACCCCAAGGAGUCAAACCACUUUUUGUCCCUUGGACAUCAUGUGGAUGUGUAUUUUCCUCUUCGCAAGAGGUCCCGCAUCAGUGCCCCAUUUGUUUUCUCUGGAGAGAGGUUUGAGCAGAAGAAGCCAUCAAUCGAGGUUCUCCCUGAUGAAUGCUUAUUUGAAAUCUUCAGACGGCUGCCUGGAGGCCAAGAGAGGAGUGCCUGUGCCUGUGUUUCCAAGCGCUGGCUUACACUUGUAAGUGACAUCCGCAGAGAUGAAAUCACCACUCAAGCUUUGAAUCUCAAGGAUGUGAGUACUGAUAAGAAGGGUGGAGUUGUUUCUGAGGAUGAAGAUCAGGAUGUUGAGGGUGAUGGAUACCUCUCUAGGAGCUUGGAAGGGAAGAAAGCAACAGAUGUUAGACUGGCUGCUAUUGCUGUUGGAACUGCUAGUCGUGGAGGAUUGGGCAAGCUGUUCAUUCGAGGAAGCAAUUCCAGUCGUGGAGUGACAGCUGUUGGUCUCAGGGCCAUUUCCCGUGGAUGCCCUUCUCUUAGGGUUCUCUCCCUGUGGGGUUUGUCUUCUGUUGGAGAUGAAGGUCUGUGUCAGAUUGCUGAUGGGUGUCACCAGCUAGAGAAGCUUGACCUUUGCCACUGUCCUGCAAUUACUGAUAAGUCUUUGAUAGCUGUUGCAAAGACCUGCCCAAAUUUGACUGAUCUGACCAUAGAGGGUUGUGCAAACAUUGGAAAUGAAGGUCUCCAAGCUGUAGCAUCCUGCUGUUCCAAUCUAAAGUCUGUUUCAAUCAGAGACUGCCCCCUUGUUGGAGAUCAAGGAAUUGCAAGCAUGUUGUCUUCAGCCUCAUAUUCCCUCACAAAAGUAAAGCUCCAUGCUUUGAAGAUUACUGAUGUCUCUCUUGCUGUUAUUGGACACUAUGGCAAUGCAUUGACUGACCUUUCCCUCAUUAGCCUUCCAAAUGUGAGUGAGAAGGGCUUCUGGGUAAUGGGUAAUGGGCAUGGGCUACAGAAAUUGAAGUCUUUCACAGUUACAUCUUGCCGUGGAGCGACAGAUUUGGGACUUGAAGCUGUUGGAAAGGGUUGCCCAAAUUUGAAGCAGUUCUGCCUCCGCAAAUGUGCUUUCUUAUCUGAUAAUGGAUUGGUGUCUUUUGCCAAAGCAGCUGGUUCACUAGAGAGCUUGCAACUGGAGGAGUGCCACAGGAUCACCCAAUAUGGGUUUUUUGGUUCCCUUCUUAACUGUGGUGCAAAGUUGAAGGCUAUUUCUUUUGUGAAGUGCUUGGGUAUUAAGGACCUAAACUUGGGAUUGCCUUCCCUAUCCCCUUGUGAAUCCCUUCGAUCACUGUCCAUCCGUGACUGCCCUGGUUUUGGUGAUUCUAGCUUGGCUGCAUUGGGUAAGUUGUGCCCUCAACUGCAGAAUGUGGAGUUGAGUGGGCUUCAUGGAAUAACAGAUAUUGGGAUACUUCCACUACUUGAGAGUUGUGAGGCUGGUUUGGUGAAGGUUAAUCUCAGUGGUUGUGUGAAUUUGAGUGACAAAGCUGUUUGUGUCAUGGCUGAUUUGCACGGGUGGACUCUAGAAAUGCUGAAUCUUGAUGGUUGUAAGAUCAGUGAUGCUAGUGUGGUUGCAAUUGCAGAGAGCUGCCAAUUGCUCAGUGAUCUUGAUGUCUCAAAAUGUUCCAUCACUGAUUCUGGAAUUGCAGCUCUUGCUCAUUCUAAUCAGAUCAAUCUGCAGAUUCUUUCUGUGUCUGGUUGCACCAUGGUUUCAGACAAAAGCUUGCCUUCUCUUGGAAAAUUGGGUCAGACUCUCUUGGGAUUAAACUUGCAGCAAUGCAAGGCAAUCAGCAGCAGUGCAGUUGACCUGCUUGUGGAGCAGCUAUGGAGGUGUGAUAUCCUUUUCUGAUCAACAACGCAGGGUUGACCAAUCUAGAAGCCUCAGAAUAGCCUUUGUGAGUAGCAGCAGUUCGUGUAGUUUUUGGGUCCGUCAAUGGGUCUUCUAUCUUCCAGUACUCAGUCCCCUUUUCCAGGGAAUAUGGCCAUUCUCCUUUUUUUCGCAGGUUUCCUUUUAUCAGAGAUCUGUUACUACAUUUUGAAUCCCAGUAAUGGGUGUUGGUUUCUUCAUGGCUGAAUAUCCCUGAGAAUACAGUUGCUGAGAUCUGGAUUUUAGGGCAUCUUUUCUGCAUCUUUAUGGUUUUAUGUUUGCUGGGUGCUGGCGCAUGGCGUUUUUGCAUAGCCUUGUUCAUUUCUACUUGGGCUAAGCUCUUUCUUGAUAUUUGCCUUUCCAGUACCCAAUUUGGAGUUUGUCCAUUGUUGGUUUUACCGAGUCUUUCACGUUUUUGAACUCAAUGUUCUACACGUGAUGGUUGGGUCUUCUGUUUUCCUCAAGGGUCGAUUGAAGUUCUUAAGAGUCAUUAUAGUUGUGGUUGCCUUUGGCAGUUCCAGGUGUAGUGCCUAGCUUUCUUGGGCUUUGGCCGUGGCAGCAAUUUAUUUAGCCUGCCAUGACAACUCUUGGGAGUUGUUUUUUCUUUUACCAAGCCCAUGUUUUGCUGGUUUCAUUUGCUCUGAACUGUACUUUGUAACCUCGCUACAAUGUUGUAAUGAAUUUUAUAUCUGCCCCUGGAGGUCAUGUAUGUUUCUAUCCCCGUGAUUAAUAAAAAGUUCUCAACUUUUUGUAAGUA